UCGGUCAGUUGCAGCGAAGACACUAUCAUUGGCGUUUUAACUGUGAACGGUAGCUCCUCGACUCGUCGUAUAGUGCGGAUUAAAUAUACAACAGAAAGCACUAAUAAACUUUAAAUAUUAGCAACAAAAAUAGGCGACACAAAGAGCUAAAAAUAAAAUAAAAGUAAAAUUUAAAAACAUUUGCAUACCACAAAAAUAAGUGUAUAAAGUUAAAAAUAAAAAAACAAGAAACCCUCUCAACUGCUACACGAGUUCAGUCAUCGAAUCGACAAGACAGUUACAAUACAAUAAAAAAAAACAACAACAAAAGUCGAGCAACUACAGCAGUAAAAAUUAAGAAACGCCGUAGCAGCAGCCGCAGAAAAAGCAGUAGAAAAUCAACCAAAAGCAACAACUUCACUAAGAGCGCAGCCUAAAGAAAAAAAGCACAAGACAGCAAAAAUGGCCGACAAGAAGAUAGCAGAACAAUACUAUUCGCCACCGCCAAAGAUGGGCAAAUGGGAGGGUUUCAAAAAAUUCAUAUGGAACAGUGAAACUAGCCAAUGCCUUGGACGAACAGGAGGCAGUUGGGCAAAAAUUUUAUUUUUCUACAUUAUUUUUUAUGCGGCGUUAACUGGAUUCUUCGCUGCCAUGUUGGCUGUGUUUUAUCAAACACUGCAAGUGGAUAAACCCAAGUGGACAUUGGGCGAUGGAAUGAUUGGUUCGAAUCCAGGUCUUGGCUUUCGACCAAUGCCCCCAGAGGCAAAUGUAGAGAGCACCUUAAUCUGGUACGAGAAAUCGAGACCCGAAAAUUACAAAUACUGGGUCGAUGAAACUGCAUCAUUCCUUCAAUCUGUGCCUAAGACCUAUGAAGAUCUACCAAAGCAGAAUCAAGUGAAUUGUUCAUUCGAAAAUCCACCACCAGAAGGUAAAGUUUGCGCUUUUGAUGCCAACUCUUUUGCUCCAUGCACAAAGGAAAACAACUUUGGCUAUCAUCAGGCCAGACCAUGCAUAUUCCUAAAGUUGAAUAAGAUUUACAACUGGGAACCAGCUAUCUAUAACGACUCAAAACACCUACCAGUUGAUAUGCCUCUCGAACUGCAGAAUCAUAUUAAAGAGAAGGAAAGCUUGCGACCAAAUCAGACCAGCGUCGUUUGGAUCUCCUGCGAAGGUGAAAACCCUGCCGAUGUGGAAAAUAUUAAGGCACGCGAUUACUAUCCACGCAUGGGUUUCCCCGGCUAUUAUUUCCCAUUCAAAAAUAUCGAAGGUUAUGUACAGCCAAUUGUUGCCGUACAAUUUACCGUUGAAACCGGCGUUUUAAUCAACAUUGAAUGCAAAGCCUGGGCAAGCAACAUCAAACACGAUCGCGCAGAAAGGAAAGGAUCCGUCCACUUCGAAUUGAUGGUUGAUUAAGAGCUUGCGCGCAGCCAAUAAGUGAACGAAGCACAGAAAAUAAAUUAAUAAAAAAAACCAUAACAACCACACAAAACCAAAAAUAAACAACAAAAAAAAAACAGAGAGAAUACUUAGCAGGUGAAAUAAUAAACGCAGCAGUAAAUAAAAAUGGACUACAGUUAUUAAAAGAAAACAAUAACAGAGGUAAAAACAAAAUAAAGAAAAACAACAACAAAACAGUAGCAAAAUUAAGUCAAGAAACAUGCAGGAAGGAGCAAAAACAAAAGCAGCAUAAAUAGAGAGGAGCGAAGGUAGAUAGAUAGAGAGAGAGAGAGAGAGAGAGAGAGAGAGAUAGGAUCAAUAAAAGAGAGUGCAAUGUAGCUAUGUGCUUGAAGGAGUGAGUGAGAGAGCAAGCUAGGAGAAAGCUGAAAGAUGAAUGCAUGAAAAAUACAGCAACAACCAAAGAAUAAGAACAACAAGCCGAAAAAAUAAAUGAGCUAAAGCAUAAAUAAAAAGCGCUAUUUGCAUAGUGCAUAUGCGAGCAGUGACAACAACAACAACAGCAGCAGCAAAAUUAAAGGCUAUAAUACAAAGAAAAACUAAAAAAUGUGUGCAAAAUAGUAAAAAAAAAAAAUACUUGAAACAAAAAAUUGCUAAAUAUUUAUUUUGCGAGAACGAAAACAUGCAAACACAUAACAAAUUGAAGCAAACAAAAGUAAAAAAAAACACUGCGGCAACACUGCUAAAUAGAGCGAGAGCAAACCAAAAAAGUAAAAUAAUUAAAUGAAAAUGCAUAAAAAAUAAGAAUUAAAGUAAUUAAUUUAAUAGACAAAGCGUAACAAGGCAUCAUUCAAUACAUAUGUACAUACGUACUCGUAUAUAUAUUAUUUUUGGAGACACAAAAAAAAAAA